GAGGGCGAGGGACGGCGCGGCGGCUGCAGCCUCCGCCUGCCGGCUCGCCCGCAGCGCAGCGCACGGAGCCGGGCCAGCAGCCGGCACCAGGGCCGGGGAUGCGGAGGCGCCGCUGCUGCUGCUGGGGCCCGGCGGCGCUGCUGCUGCUCCCGCUGGGGCUGGGCAGCCUGCUCGCCGCCAAAGUGAAUAAACACAAACCCUGGAUUGAGACAUCAUACCAUGGAAUCAUAACUGAAAACAACGACACUGUGAUUUUGGACCCUCCCCUGGUUGCUUUGGAUAAAGAUGCACCUGUUCCCUUUGCAGGUGAAAUUUGUGCUUUUAAAAUCCAUGGGCAAGAAAUGCCCUUUGAGGCUGUUGUGCUGAACAAGACAUCUGGAGAAGGUCAGCUUCGAGCAAAGAGUCCCAUUGACUGUGAGCUGCAGAAGGAAUACACAUUCAUCAUCCAGGCCUAUGACUGUGGAUCAGGACCAGGUGGAACAAACUGGAAGAAAUCUCACAAGGCAGUAGUCCACAUCCAGGUAAAGGAUGUCAAUGAGUUCUCCCCAGCAUUCAAGGAGAGCAUGUACAAGGCCUCAGUGACAGAGGGGAAGAUCUAUGACAGCAUUCUGCAGGUGGAAGCCACAGAUGAGGAUUGCUCCCCCCAGUACAGCCAGAUCUGCAACUAUGAGAUUGUCACCACAGAUGUUCCCUUUGCCAUUGACAGGAAUGGUAACAUCAGGAACACUGAGAAACUGAGCUAUGAUAAACAGCAGAAGUAUGAGAUAAUGGUCACAGCUUUUGACUGUGGGCAAAAGCAUGCAACAGAAGAUGUCUUGGUACGAGUUAAUGUCAAACCCAUGUGCAAACCAGGCUGGCAAGACUGGAACAAAUGGAUUAAAUACAGGCCUGGCUCUGGCAGCAUACCCUUGUUUCCCAGCAUCCAGCUAGAAAUGUGUGAUGCACCAGUUUCCUCAAUCCACACCACCAUUGAACUGCAAACCAAUUACAUCGGAAAGGGCUGUGAUCGUGAAACCUACUCUGAAAAAUCUCUGCAGAAAUUAUGUGGAGCUUCCUCAGGUGCCAUUGACCUGUUACCAUCUCCCAGUACAACAACCAACUGGACAGUUGGACUCCUCAUAGACAGCAAUGACAUGGUUUUUAAAUUUGAUGGAAAGCAAGGAGCCAAAAUCCCAGAUGGAAUAGUCCCGAAAAAUUUAACUGAUCAAUUCACCAUCACUCUGUGGAUGAAACAUGGACCUAGUCCUGGAUUAAGAGCUGAGAAGGAGACUAUUCUCUGCAACUCUGACAAGACAGAGAUGAACCGACACCACUACGCGCUCUACGUGCACAACUGCCGCCUCGUGUUCCUGCUGCGCAAGGACUUCGACCAGGCCGACACCUUCCGCCCUGCUGAGUUCCACUGGAAGCUCGACCAGAUCUGUGACAAGGAGUGGCACUACUACGUGGUCAAUGUGGAGUUCCCCGUGGUGACGCUGUACAUGGACGGAACAACGUAUGAGCCGUACCUGGUGACCAACGACUGGCCCAUCCACCCCUCCCACAUCGCCAUGCAGCUCACAGUGGGGGCUUGCUGGCAAGGAGGUGAAGUCACCAAGCCCAGGUUUGCUCAGUAUUUUCAUGGCAGCCUGGCCAGUCUGACAAUACGGCCAGGGAAAAUUGAGAGUCAGAAAGUGAUUUCCUGUUUGCAGGCCUGCAAGGAAGGUCUCGAUAUUAAUUCUCUUGAGAGUCUUGGCCAAGGAAUAAAGUAUCACUUCAAUCCUUCCCAGUCAGUCCUUGUCAUGGAAGGAGAUGACAUUGAGAAUAUAAAUCAAGCCCUCCAAAAGGUCUCAUACAUCAACUCCAGACAGUUUCCUACUGCAGGCGCACGACGUCUCAAAGUCUCAUCUAAAGUCCAAUGUUUUGGUGAAGAUAUCUGCAUUAGUAUCCCAGAUAUAGAUGCCUAUGUAAUAGUAUUUCAGGCCAAUGAGCCCAAGAUUACCAUAACUGGGAUGGACCACUUUGCUAGACCAGCUGCACAGUUUGAAAGUGAAAGAGGUGUUAUUUUGUUACCUGACAUCAGGAUUGUCAGCACAGUCUCUAAAAUGGAAAAUUCAGUGGACUUAAGAGAAAAUGACAGAGCCAAUAAACAAGUGGUAGUAGAGGAAAUGCUACACAACUUGGAUUUCUGUGAUGUUUUGGUCAUUGGUGCAGAACUAGACCCUGAACAAGAGUGUUUAGAACUAGAUCAUGGGGAGCUUCAAGGAAAACAUCUAGAUGCCACAAAUUCCACUGCAGGAUAUUCAAUCUAUGGCGUGGACAGCAUGUUCAGCUAUGAGCAGGUGCUGCGGCAGCUCCGCUACCGCAACUGGGGCACCUCGGCCACCUUGGAGAGGAAGUUCAGGGUCAAGUGCUCCGAGCUCAAUGGACGUUACAGCAGCAAUGAAUUCAACCUGGAGGUUAAUAUUCUACGCAGUUCCAACUCCAACUUCAUGAACCAUGUAAAUCACAUUAUGUUCCAGCCCAAAUUUCUCCAAUCUGUUCAGCACCCUGAGGGGAGUGUAAGUCCAGUUCACAGCUCAGUGGUUCCCAGCGUGGCCACGAUCAUUAUCAUCAUCUGUGUGAGCAUCCUGGUGUUGGUGGUAACACUGGGUGUGUUCCGGCUACGCUCAGCCCGUCAGCACAGCUCCAUGGGACACAAGGGAACCAAGGAGAAUGAGAUGGACUGGGAUGACUCUGCUCUCACCAUCACUGUCAACCCCAUGGAGAAAUAUGAAAAGCCACACCAGACAGAAGAGGAGAGUGAGGAAGAAGACAUAGACGAUGAAGAGGAAGACACAACCAGUGCUGAAUCAGAUGACAGUGAAGAGGAGGAAGAGGAGGAAGAGGAGGAAGUGAUUGUCCGAAAGGGAGACAAACAGAAUGCCACUAGGCAAGAGCAGUUGGAGUGGGAUGAUUCAACACUUCCCUAAUAACAAACAGCCCUCCAGCCACAGCUCUUUUGUAAAAAAACAAUACAAUGUUUUUUCAGAGUCUAUGAAUUCAUUGAGAGGAUUUGAACUUCUGCUUGCCUAUAACUAUUUUGCCUAAAAUGAUCUUGUUGUACUAAUUGAUAAUGAUAGAACUGACCUCUUUCUUACAAAGCAUGGGGAAAAGAUGGUACAAACCUCCUGGCACACAAAGUAAUAAAGUAAUCCAGAACUUGAUCUGUUAGCAAGCAUACCCUGCUUCUAACAAAGCAAGGUAUGCUUGCUAACAAAUUUUGUUUCUACCCUGCAGAUGUGUGACUAAAGUCCUAUCACUCAAUCCAUACAAGUUUUUGCCUUUACUACUUUUUUCACACAGGAGAGAUUUCAGCUUGUUGUGUAGAAUAACUUCUGUGGGUCCAAAUACCAGUUGCCAUAUAACUUCACAGUUUUACAGGUGUAAAAAAAACUAAAAUACACCUUUAAACUGGGGCAAGGCUUUAGUACUACAGGGGCUAAAUUUCACCUGUCAUCUCGUCCUGCCUUUUGGAUAUUAACUAUCUUCUGCAAGGGAAUAUCUAAGACUUGACUGGAGAUGCAUGUGUGCUUAUGUAGACUUGGAUGGUGUAUUUUUUCAGGUAUGCUGUCAGACCCUCAAGAGAGAGAUUUUUAUCCAAUCUAUCAAUUGAAAUUAAAAACAAGUUUAAGAAAAACAGCAACAAGAAAGGGCUGAUGAAGGUAAUAAAAAAAGCCUCCAGUCUGUGUCCAUAGAUUGAGUAAUAUGGUCAUAUGCAAACUGUAAAUUCUAAUGGGAUUGAUUCACUGAAAAUCUGUAGAGCUGCUCAUUAGUUAUGGAGCAAUUAGUAUUAUUAUCAUUAGUAUUGAGCAAUUUGCAGCAAAUCAAUGCUUUAAACUAUCUUAUGGAACCAUUAGCUUGCUGCAGCAUCCUACUGAACUAGUGGAAAAUAAGUGACCCCAUUAUUCCAUAGCUAUGUAUGGCUGGGAUUUAAACAAUUAUCUUAGAUGAGGAAAACAUUCCCUUUUGCUUAGUGAAUGCCAGCUGGAAUUCCUGUCUGACUAUAUAAAAACAUGAUGCCCUAUUUCUUCUGUACUCCUGCCUGCCUGUAGUGCACAAGGGAAAGGAAGAAGACUGUGAGCCCUCUUCUGUGCUCAUAAUUCUCCCUUAUUUCUUCUGCCUGAAGCCAUUUAUGUUGAGAGAAGGUUUUAUAAAGAAGACAAGGAAAAAUAAAACCUACUUGGAGCCAAAAUAGUUGAAAACAAAAAGUAAAAUCUUAAGAGGUUGAGAGAGCAUUUUAGUUUGUUAUGGCAACACAGAAUAUUUUUCUUAAACACUGUUUAAAAAUUUUAAAAAAAGGAAAAAUCAGAGCUACAUAUACAAUGUGUUGAUUAAUCUGUGUGGUGUGGUUUUUGUCCCCUUAAGUACCUUUCAACUGCUUUGCUUACCAAAUGCUGCAGCACUUGCUGGGGUAGCUGCUCCAAUGCAUAGAAAGAAAAUGGCAUGGAAGUGAAUGCUGCUUAGUGGCUUGUCUGGGUUAUUUUCCUGAGUAUUUUGUUUUCUUUGCAAUUUCAUCUUUGACUUUUGCUUUUGUAAUCCGGUGUUUAAAAUGAGCUGCUUCCUCUUCUCCACUCUCCCAGUCAGUCUUGCCACAACAGGACUUUCCUGAACACCCUGAAUGGUGGCUGAUGUUGCAAAGGGUACUUGGAGUAAUCUUAAGGGUACCCACCUCCCUCAGUACUGACUUAUUAACAGCUCCUGAAUGUCGUGGGAUAUAGGAAAUAUAUAGUGUGCUUAGGGAUUUUUGUAAUUCCAUUUUCCGCAUUUAGUAGCUGAAGAGAAAUACUGACAGCAACUAGGCCCUUUAGUAGAAUAUCUAGAAAGUAAAUGAAAGAAGAAUAUAUAUUAAUUUUAAAAUUAGAUAAUCAUGCUUUUAUUUGUUGUGCCAGCAAUCAUGUCACAUGGCUGUUAAGACUGGCAAUACAGCAGAUUUCUUUUGUUAUAAAUCCUGUUUUAUUUUAUUCUGUCACACAUAUUAAACUUAGAAGAAUAUGUGCAGAAUCAAGGCCAUAUAAGUACAUUUUAUCUGCUGGAAUAACAACUGUAAGUAUGUCCACAAUUUCUGUCUAAUAAAAAAUUAAUAUUAAUAUUUCUGAUUUUCUUGAACAAAAUGUUAUGUUAGAUCAGUUCCUACCAUCCUAGUGUCCUAGAUAAUUUCUCAGUUUUAAUUUUUAGUGACAUGAAGGAGGCUCUUCAUGAUGCCUGUUAUCAGCAUGUAUCAGCAAAUCUUUCUGCUCAGAAAACAUUUCAAAAUUAAAUGUAGAUAUUUAAAAGUCAAUUUCAGAUUUAAAACUGGACUUAAAUUAUUUUAAAGUUUUUGUUAUUCCUGAUUAUUGUUAUUAUUAUUGUUGUUGUUGCUGUUAUCAUAGCAAAUAUUAGGGCAACUUGAAAACAGCAAUUUACAACCUUAUUGACAGCCUUUAAUUAUUUUAUAUGUUUGUGAAUUCAUCAGUGUGUUUCCCCAUGUAAACUUUUUGCUACUGGAAGCACAUCUUUUCAGUUUGUACUCGUACAUUACACAAAAAGGAAACAAAGUAUUUUCUCUACUGUAAAUAAAUCUACAUUUUUAAACCUAAGCAAAGUCAUACAGGCAUGUGUGUUAUCACUAAAACUUGGUUUGCAGUAAGAUAUUCAGCAAACUAAAUGCAUCAUUGUACUUAUUUUAGAUUACACACUGGAGCACAUUAUGCAGCAUUUUUCAUUCAAAUAAACAGAAACAUCCUUUUCACAGAAUGGCAGUGAGAAUGAGGUACUUCUUCACAAAAUGGGCCCUAGAAUAUUUGUAUACCACUGAGAGCAGUGGUUUCCUGAGCAAAACUACUACUAGAAAAUCAAAGAAAUAUCAAUUUUUCUAAAACAACUCUAACAAAAUUGCAUCCCCUCCAAAAAUAUAUUAUGUCCUGAAGGCACAGAACAUAACAUCAAACAUAAACAGAACACACGAUUGGAGAUAGAAGCACCAUAAUGUCACCUAGGACAAUAACCUACUUGUUUAAAAACCAACGAGAACAUAUACACACAUAUGUACAUAAAGACACCCACGUGGGGUUCUUUUGCCCCUAAUCAAAAGCCAAAAUUCUCUCCUUUUCCCCCUGAAAAAACCAUUUAGAACUGUAAAACCAUUCAGUUGGAAAAGACCUCUAAGGUCAUUGAGCACUGCCAAGCCCACUGCUAACAUGUCCUCAGGUCCCCCAUUCACAUGUCUUGGAAUUCGCCCAGGGAUGGCGACUGUGCACUGCCCUGGACAGCCUUGUCCAAUACCUGACUAUCCUUUCAAUGAGGAAUUUUUUCCCCAAUAUUCAGUCUAAACCUCCCCAGCACACUACGAGCUUGUUUGCCCUUGUCCUAUCACUUGUUACUUGAGAGGAAAAACCAGCUCCACCUGGCUGCAGACUCGUCUCAGGGAGUUUGAGAGAGUAAAAAGGCCCCUCCUGAGCCUCCUUUUCUGCAGGCUGAGUCCCACCAGCUCCUUCAGCUGUUUCUCAUCAGCCUGGUGCUCCAACCUUUCCCCAGCUCUGUUCUCUUCCAAGUGCUCAUUGCAGCCCCUCAGGAUCUGUCUUGUGGUGAGGUGGCUUUUUUAUACUAGCAAUAAACAAGUCUAUCCAAAGAAAGCAGUUCUGAAGAGGUACCCACAAUCCAUGGCACCAGGAAUUCAGAGGUGACAACAGAUGUCUAAAAUGACAUCACAUCAAUGAUCCCUUAAAUUUCUGGAGUUCUAAUCUAAGGCUGGGAAAAGCUGUAAAACCUAAAAAUGCAAAUUGAAGAUGUUAUCUGAAUUAAUAUAACUGCCUUAGUGGCUAUUGUUGAUUAAUAGCUUCCAUUUCUCUCUCAUUUCUACCCCUUCCACAGGUAUUUUAUCUUUGCAAGUAAACUUUAAAAUGCACAGUUUAGAUUAAUAUCAAUAUUUACCGCAUUGGCUUACACAUCUAGAAAUAGAUGUAAGGUUUGUGACAUCUUUAAUACUAAUUAAAAUAAACUCUUGCUAUUUUUUCAUUCCAACAGGUAAUACUUUGCAGUGGUGGUGGGACUGCUUUUUACCUCACCAGAGGCUAAUGGGAGGGAGCAGUUUAUUUUUCUUUCUGGCAUAUAGUGGUGCUGAGCUUGCUGAGCACCAUCCUUACUCCAUUUUGGAACAAAGUAAGGCUCAGAAAGGAUGAGAGAGUUCUGAAGUUCCUGCUGUGGUUGAAAUCUAAUGUCUCAAUUGCAGGAGCUGUCCCUGCUUGACCCUAAACUAAGAAUUCAAAAUAAUUCAAAAUAAUGCCAUGGGAAAUCAGUAGCCCCAGGCGAAGGAUGGGCAGAGGGUAAUGCAGUAGCAGCCCUUACUGCACUGGGGAAAAGCCUUUUGAGCUUUGAUAAAAUAUAAAUAAUAAAUAACUUGUGUCUCAACUGUCCCUUUCCCCAGCUUUAACCUCAGAGGCAGCUUUACUUUUCUCCCUCGUAGGGGUCCUAGUGCACUGGGACCCAACACUGCCUCUUCUCAAAGUUUUGGUGCCAGUACCCACAGCUCUCCAUCUCCACAGAACAGCACCUGGAAAGACUUUACUGGGGUGACAGCAGGUAAAGGUCUGGUGGGAUGGAGCUGCACCUGGUACACUGGAGUAGAAAUUAUAGCACCAAAACUAAGGAUAUUUGCAAAAGCAUAUGGAUACUGAGAGAGAGAGAGGAAACAAAACUGAAUACAUCUCCUCUAAGGGGCUUCCCAUUCCCUUAAUUCACACAUGCUGACCAGAAUAAAUACCUCAAAACUAGGAUAUCCCCAGUCUCAGAGGGUAUAUCAGGUUUUAUCAGGGUCUGCCUUGAGAACUGAUUUCUUCCUUUAAGCAACUGCUUAAAGUAGUUCUACACCAAGUGAGUAAAUCUAAGGAGACAGGAGAAAAAACCCUAAAUGACAAAACAUAAAUAUCAAAAAGAUUGCCAAAGAAAUCAAACCACCUUCUAAGUUACUAAAUUAAUUUUUGUUGGUUGUACAUAAUCCAGUGUUGUAUAAUCUCUCUCAUGCUCCAGCCAGUAUCACCAUUGGCACUAGGUUCUCCCUCUCAGCACAGCAGAGGAAGCUGCCAGGCCUUGUUCCUGCACAGCCUCCCUGCCCCCAGAGCCUGUCCAGCUCACAGCAUUCCAGUGCCACUGCAAACUGCCAUAGGAACAGUAGCCAGCCCAUUCCUCCAAGAUUUUGGUGCUUCCAGAGAAACCCACACACUCAUGCACCAAAUCAUUACACUUUGUAAUAUUUUCUACAGCACCAUGAAUCUGUGGUCCUGUACAAUAUUUGUACAUUUGGGUCAAAUAUAUAUAUAUAUAUAUAUAUAUAUAUUUUAAUAAAGAAAGGCAUAACAAGCAAUAUGUGAGAUGUUAUGUAAACUGAAAUGGAUCAGUUUCCCUAAAGCUGCAUGUCUUAGAUUGUGUAUCCAGUGAUCAGACUUCUGAUUGCUAGACUCUCCUGGAAUCCAACUUCAUUUUUGUUAGCAUGGAGAAUAAAGAUACAAAGAAUAGAGAUAACCACUAAAGCUACUGCAGAGCAAAAAUCAUACUUUUUAACACACCCAGUCUCAAGAAAUAUUUCUGCUAAAUAUAUUGGGAAAAUUGCUCCAGUGAUCUCUCAUAAAGUAAUUAUAAUUCAUCACCUUUGUAGGAUUAGCAAGGUUCAAGCCUGGUAUGUUCUUUCUGAUUUUGGUUUUCUCUGAAAAAGACAUGGUCACAAAUUAAAAAUACACAGUACUUGAACAGUGCAAAAACAAAAGGGGAGCAAGGGCUUUAAUUUCAUAAGCCUCUGUCUAAGAUAGGAGUUUUAAAGUAAUAAACAACUGUAGCCCUCAUUACUGAAACUUUGCCGAAUAAAAUGAACCCAGGAAGUUCUGUAUGUUCAUAACUUCAUUCCUGGUGAUGAAAAGGCAGGCACCAGAGCAGGUACUCUUUUUCCCUAGAGGCAUUUUGCUGCCUUUGGAGUAGGUAUCGCCAGCUCUUUGCUCGUUAUGGUUUCCAUGUCUCUGCUGGCAACAGGAACAGUGCUGCUAGAAUCCUUUGGAAUAGUCCUGUUAAAGAGCCUGGUGGUGAACCAUAAUUCAAUAAUUCUCCUGCAGCUCUGCUACCAGCCCUCCAUGAUGGAGCACUCCAAACACAUGCAGAGGGAAAGACACAAUGGAUACAGUGGAGAGCUCUGGGCUGGUGCUUUAUUAGUUACUGCCUCUAAAGAAACACACUCAGCAGCAUGAAGCACUGCAAAUUUGUGAAACAGAGUUCAGGAAAAGCCUUCAUUCUUAUUUUCAGUACUAGCUCAUGGGGAAAUUGUGCAUUUAUCAGCUGUUGAAGCUCUAUGCCCAUGUACUGUCACUAUUUAUAUCUGUGCUGAGAACAAAAAAGCAGUUUUUUUCCCAGUUAAGUACAUUGUACAAUAAAAUCAUUCAGCUUUCCCUGGGAAAAGUGCACAAAGCUUGCCAAAUGCAAAGAGAAGAAGCUUCCAAAUAGGGAACAAAGAUUUUACAAUGGUAUUCCAUCCUUGUACUUCAGAAACCCAGAAAAUUUCAUGGGAGUAAAAUGCUUUUCUGCAACCCUAUUUCUUUUGUAUAAAUCUGGAUACAGUUUCGGGUUUUCAGAGGCAUUUAACUUCCCACCUGGGUAUAAAGUUCUUUCCAGGUGUCCUUUCAUGUACUAACCCAUAAAACUAUUUUUGGCUGAAGGUUUCAGGAUAUACUAAGGGGGGGAAAAGCAAAAAGUUAUUAAAAUUACAGUGUCUUUUUUUUCUACUCCUGCCUAACCUAAAUAUAUAAACAGGUACAAAAGACUUGAUCAGACAACCCUGACCAAGUCUGUGACUACAAUGACAUUUCAAACCAGCACUGAAAUUGGCAAUAAAUCCUUGUCUACAAACUGCUUAAUGUAUGGUGGAGGAGAAGGUGGACAGUUGUUUUAAUUGGGAGUGCUCUUCAGAAUGUGGAAUGAAUCAACUACAGUCAGUUCCACUAGAAAAUCAAAUUAUUAUUUAAGGAAGAGUGAACAGGAAAGUAGAAGAGAAUAUUGCAUGAAUAACAGAAAGAGUUUACAGUUAUGUGAAAAAAGUUGAAAUUUGAUCUCGUAGAAAAGAAAGAGACAUAAAAGCUUGAGUGUCAAAUAGUAAGAAAAUGGAAAAAAUUUCUGUUUCCAUGCCAGAACUGACACUGUCACAAUGAACAAGAAAGAGAAUGAAUGUCAGAUGUCGAAGGGUUCCGAGAAGACCAGACAUAGAUGCGAUACACACACACGUGUGUUGCAUAUAUAUACAUGUGUGUACAAGAAAAUCACAGAAUGGUGCCCAAGGGGAGGUGGUGGCUGUGAUGAUGAAGGAGAACUUGCAGGUUUUUAGCCUGGCUGAUGCUAAAGUUGCCUUCUUGAGUUCCAGUUACAGCACCUCCAGCAGAGCUGGGAAAGGAGCAGGGCCAUGAGAGGUGUUGCUACACUGUGUGUGCAUUAAACAGAAAAAUUUAGAGCCAAGGCCAGCCCAGGGGGCUUGGGACAAACAUUCUGUCUGCUGUGACUUGAGUCUGAGGGUACAGUUUACCACACAGUUUAAUUUGAGGUAAGAAAUUGAACUUUUGCCCACAGAGAGUUGUUGAUUAGUUUUAGAGAUUUUCUACAACAAACAUACUCUAUGGGUUGAUGAGGAGCUGGAGACAGACAGACUAUAUUCCAUACUGAAAAGGCCCCCAAGUAAACUAUUUGUGGUGAUACAAUCUCCUAAAUGGCCACACAGUUAGGAAUCCUGAUUUUUGAAAAUAUACAUAAUAGAAAACUUUUUAAGGAUAAUGACCAUCUCUGUGCCAAUCUGAGAGCUGAAGUUAUUGCUUCCAUUCUCAGAAUCAACUACUGGCACAUUUAUUUUUGGCCUCUCCACAAACUGAUAAAAAAGUGUGAGGUACAUCUGAAACGAGAUGGGGGUUUUGUAUGUAUUCUGUUACAAAUACUGCACCACCAGUUGAGUAAAUUUUUGGUUGUGGUUAACAGGAAAUUCUGUUCAAAGGGUCAUCAUGACAGGGAUGGGAAGACAGACCAAGGUGGAUUAUUGCUUUGCAGGGUAAUAAACACUAUGGGUGGGCUUCCUGAGAACUGUUUCAUCUCAACAUCAGUGUAUUUCAAAGUUCAUAGUAGACUUCAAAUCCUAGAAAUAAAUAUUAGUAGACAAAAGGAAAAAGUAGUGCAAGUAGAGUAUUAUGCUAAUAGUGCAGAAUUCUUUCCUAUAAUAUAUAUUUUUAGCAUUAGGGGUGGGGGUGCUUCAACCUACUUAAAUGUUUCUAAGCCUGGGGCUUCUACUGCUUGCCCUGGGAGAUUGUUCUAGAGUCUAUUAGAAUUCACCAUUAGAAAGCUUUUCCUGAAAAUUAAUUUAAAUAAUCCUCUUUAUAAUUUUUAUCUCAUUAGUCCCAGUUAGACCCUUUUGCACCACUCUUAAUAAUUCCUAUAGCCAUGAUUUAUAUCCUUUGAAUAUUUUUAGAUAGUUAUCAAGUUCAUUGCCUUUGGUAAUUUACUAGAGAAUCUGUGAAUCCCUCCUCAUCCCAAUUCAUUCCUUGAGUUUUGUGUUUCUUACCUUUUCAUGAGAUGUCUUUAAUAUACAAACUAAAUCCCCUAGUAUUUCCUUAAAUGAGUCACUGUCAGUUCACUCUGUUAAGGUGUUCUGUGUUGCUGAUGUCACUGCAUAAGUUGUCAAAGUUUAAACAAUAAAUUUAAAUUGAAACUUGAUUUUUAAAAAAUCUUUUUUGUAAUCCAUGGAUAAGUUCUCAUAUGAUAUGAAUUUGGCAGUGUCUUUUACAUGGGUAUGAUUUAACAAAGCCAACCAAUAAACACUACAGCCAAGCAAACAGUAAUACAAAGUAUAAUUUGUUAAAAAUUAGGUUGCUGUCAUUAAUGUGAAAACAGACAUUGUCAUUCACGGGCCCAUGUUUUUAAGGGUUGCUACACUUAACAGCAGCUAUUAACUAGUAAUUUCACUUAAGACAGAUAAUACUGCUUCUCCUCAAAUGUCAAUAGAAUGCACCUACUUUCUAAAACAAAUGCUCAAGAUUUCUAGAUAGGCACUAACUGCUACAAAGAAAUAUAAUUUUGCCAGCUCUUCUGAUUACUGUCAUGCUGACCCUUAUAUUGCAAAUUUGUGAUCCAUUUCUGGUCUCUGGCUGGCAUGAUGACCAUGCAGUAUGUUUUCAAUCAUUUCCCAAGCAAGCCUGUGUUUUCUGGCUCAGAAGCCACACAGGCAAACAGAGAAGAUGUACAAAGGCAGCUUUGGUCUUUUCAUUGAUGUGUUUUCUUCACCUGCUCCUGCUUCCUGUAGUUGAACUCCAAACCAGAACUGGAAUACUUGUGCUGGAAGAGCCACUUUUACUUAAAACCCAAGGGAAAUAGAAUUUGAUUUCUUCUUCAUUUGCGCUGUCUGCAAGGAUUGGUGUAAAGGGGAGAGCAGGAACACUGAGGGUUCCAGGGGUGACUUUAGGGAGCUCUCUGCUUCCCUCAGCACAUCUAUGUCCCUAGUGGGUGUAAAUUGUGCAAACCAUAUUGUAGGAAAAUAAUUUCCAGGAGUGGGUUUAGGUCACAUGAGCAAAUAAUUACUUCCUUGGCAUUGGCUGUUUGCCGCCACUGCUCUGCCCACCUUCCCAAAAUGAGCCAUGGCAUGAGGAGUACCCAAAGUCUGAGGGACAGGAGGGAAGAUGAAUGAGUCUUGUAAGGUCAGGUUGCAACACAAAGGAGAGGAAAAAGAAGAGGAAUUCCUGAGCAAGGAGCUGUAAAACAUGACUUGUGAUGAGCAACACGGCAGGAAUCAGAUACUCACCCUGAAUAGUGCUGCAGUUUGGUGAAAGGGGUUGUUCUAGUUAGAUUUAACUAUACAGUUAUUAAACAGUUAGAUAUUACUGAGGGUGUAGGAUUUUGAAGAGCUGAGAAAUUAUCUCAUCAUGUUGAAUGUAACAGCUGUGCUCUAAUUGCCUGGGAUAAUUCUAUUUCAUGUGUCAUCAUCUCUUGACAGUAAAAAUGGUAUUUCAUCUGCCUGCAAAAAUGUACAAUUUUUCCCACACAGUUCGUAAUUUGCCAGAUUGUUUCCAUGUUAGUGCAUUAGUUCUUGUUAAGGAGCAGUAACUGCAGUUGGCAGCAUGAGUUUUGUAGCUUGGGAUUGCUUCCUAGCUGUCCAAAUUCUGUGUAGUUGUGGCCACUUCUAUGGAUAAUGAAAACUAUACCAGAGAAGGGAUUAAAUAAACAUAUGCUGUAUGGUUGUACAUACAAGGGUUGUACUCCGUAAAUGUGUCUCAAACCAACAGACUGUUCAGCCCAGGAAAAACGCUCUUACAUGAAAUAUCUUGUAGUUUAUGUGAAAUGACCAUAAACCGUAUCUUGAAAUGUCUUGUUGCAGAUGUUAAAUGCAUUUCUGAAAGCAUGAAUCUACACAAUUUAUGCAGUACAAUGAAUUAAAUGACUAUAUGCAAAUGAAAAUAUUAAUAUGAAAUUAUUUUUUAUAUAUAUUAAUCAGCUCUUUACAAAAAAAAACACAAAACAACCCUUUCUUAAUGAAAAUGUACAGUAAAUUUUGACAGACAAUAUAGUACACAAACCCUAACUUUUUACAUAGAGAAAGAAGUUGUACAAAGCUCCUCCAUGGUAUAGUGGUGUAUUUCAUAAAAGCCAUGUCAAUUUGCACAGUCAUUUAUGAAUUCAAAAUUGUUAGUAUCCAUAUGUUUUCCACAGGACUGAUUAAAUUCAUAUUCCAAAUAGGUCUGUUAUUUAAAAAUUUGUUCUGUACAUCCGUACAUGUAUAAAACCAAAGUAAUUUUUGUGGUCACUACAGCACUUUCUGUGAAUUGGCCAAUAAAUAUAAUUUUAGAAUUUCACAUAAAA